UAUGAAUUCAAAGAAAAAUACUUAAAAUGAUUGCAAUUUGUCAUUAGAUUCGAACAUUUAAGUAGUUAUGAAUAUAAUUUUAGAUUAACAUUGAUAGUGUUGAAAACGAUGCAUUUUCAAAGAUCGACUUUGUGUAUGUAGCUCAAAGAUUUGAUGUUUUCACAACUUCAUCUAAUUGUGACAAUCAAAAUUUUUACUUUAUUUAUGCAAUGGACAAUUUAAACACAGAUAUUGAAUAGAAAAAAUCUAAGCCAUAUUUUAAAGCUAAUGCAGAAACCGAAUGUCAUGAAAGAAUAACAUUACCUAGUUCUUGUAGAUCAUUCAACAUGGAGGUUAAACAAAAUCUAAGUUCAACUAACCAAAAAUUACUGUUUACUCUUAACAGGAAUUAUAAGUGUACUUGUUUAUGCCUGAAUAGGUAAUAUAAAUUUAAUUAUAUAAGACCUGAUAUUAAGGUGUAAGGAUCAUCUGGAAGUACAAUUGGAUAUGUUAGAUCCUCUUUAUUUUCAAUUUAAAAAACAGUUGAAAUAUUUGAUGCAAAUAAUAAUUUGUUAUUUAAUAUAAAAGGUAUUUGGAAUUAAUUCUAAACAUACUGUUAUUUACCUUGUGGUUUUUGUAAAACAAUUUCGUUUGACAUCCUUAAUAAGUUCAAUAAAGUAAUAAAUAAUAUAUUUAGAAAAUAGCUGAAAUAAAGAAGAUUGGCCAAAAAAAGGGAUGUUGUUAUGAAUGUAUGUUGAAUGUAGAAUCGGAAUAUGUAGUACAAUUUCCAAAAUUAUCAUCUUAAGAUGAAAAAGCUCUUAUUCUCUCAGGUGUUUUCUUUUUGGACUACAAUUAUUAUGAAGAAAGAUAUAGUGAUAUGUGUUGUUUAUGUAUGUAAAGGUGUUGUUGUUCUUAAUGUAUUGAAUGA